AUGUCUAUCGGCGUAGCAAUCAUUGGUAGUGGCAUAUUUGUGACGGAACAGCAUUUGCCUGCAGUCAAAGCAAGCUCAAACCUCACUCUCAAAGCCAUCUUUUCACGAAGCCUCAAAUCCGCCACAGCACUCAAUGCCGGUGUCGACCUCUACUCUGACGAUUCAGGCAGUGGCAAGACCUACCACGACCUCCUCCUCCGCGAAGACAUCCACGCCGUAAUUCUCGCCCUUCCUAUCCUCACGCAGCCCGAGUUCAUCGAAGCAGCCCUCAUUGCAGGCAAGCAUGUCUUAUCCGAGAAGCCCAUCGCAGGCGAUGUCAAGCGCGCAGAACAAUUGAUCAAAUUCUAUAAGAGCGACAAGGUCAAGAAUGGCGCGACGUGGGGUGUCGCUGAGAAUUUCCGCUUCUUGGACUCUUUUGUGUUUGGGAAGAAGGAGGUCGAGAAGCUGGGCAGGAUCUUGGGAUUUAGGACGACGAUGUUUACGCAUGUCAAACUUGGAGGAAAAUACAUUGAAACUGAGUGGCGUAAGAAGCCUGCAUAUCAAGGAGGCUUCCUCCUGGAUGGUGGGGUUCAUUUCACAGCUGCUACGAGGAUGCUUUUGGGAGACUCGGCAAAGCCUACGUCGUUGACAGCAUACACGCAUCUCCUCCAAAAACAUCUUCCACCUGUUGAUACGGUUGACUCGAUAUGGCAGACCAAGUCUGGUAUUUCAGGAACAUUCUCGGUGUCUUUUGGUACUUCGCUAUCGGGCAGCGCAUACACCGUGGCUUGCGAGAAGGGAACUGUAACCGUCAACAGAGGAAAGGUUACUGUCACUCUGGUGGAGGGUGACAAGACCACAGAGACCGACUUCAGUACCGAGGGUAGUGGAGUCAAGCAGGAAGUUCUGGCUUGGGCUCAGAGUCUGGUUGACGGCAAGCCUCUCGAGACACAGUCUCCCGAGGAGGCUUUGAUUGAUUUGGAGAUUCUGGAGAAGAUGCUGAGGAGUGGUGAGCAGAAUGGAAAGGCACAAACCUUGCAAUAUUAG